GUGUAUAUAUCAGAGGCGCGCGCGUGAGAGAGGCAUUCCCAGAGGUUUGGCUCGCGACGAGAAGAACACGCACAGAUGCGUCGCGCGCGGGACUUUCAAGCGUGAUGCUGCGCGCGAUUCGGAUGCAUUUAACAGCCUCGGUGAACACCAGCAGCCCGUGGAGACCCGAGAGACCCGAGUUUUGACGCACGCGACACAUAAACGCGCCAUGGAUGGAUAGUCCCGGUGUCUGAGCGCUCGAAAUUUUGCAUUGGAUAAAGUUGCAAAGAUUAAAACGCGUCAAGUGGAGAUUUCCCCGCUUUAUCGCCUCAUCAUGGAUCUCCAGCAGUGUUUGGUGUCCGUGUACCUGCUGCUGAUGUCUUUCGCCCAGUGUCAGCACUAUUACCUCCUCAGACCCAUCCCGAGUGACACUUUACCCCUGCUGGAGCUGAAGGAGGACCCCGACCCCAUCUACGACCCGCGGGACAGGGAUCUCAACGAGACCGAGCUGAGAAGCGCGCUCGGGGACUUUGACAGCCGCUUCCUCUCCAUCAGCCCUCCUCAGGACCGCUACACGGGCAACGAGGACCUGGACGAGCUGGACCUCCAGCAGAACCCCGCCGGACUGAUGCCCAAAGACAUCAAGAACCUGGACUUUGACGUGCAGUGGGGUAAAAAGCGCAAAGCCAGCAAGAAGCUGAAGCGCAGACUGCAGAUGUGGCUGUGGUCCUACUCGUUCUGCCCGGUGCUUUACGCGUGGAACGACCUCGGCUCGCGCUUCUGGCCGCGCUUCGUCCGCGCGGGGAGUUGCUACAGUAAACGCUCGUGCUCGGUUCCGGAGGGCAUGGUGUGCAAACCGGCCAAAUCCACGCACAUCACGCUCCUGCGGUGGAGAUGCGUGCAGAGGAGAGGCGCGCUCAAGUGCGCGUGGAUACCGGUGCAGUAUCCCAUCAUAACCGAGUGCAAAUGCUCGUGCGCCAACUGAGCGAUCAUUAACGGGCAUCAUUCAUAAAGACUCCGAUCCGAUGCUAAUUUGUGGAGGAAGGAAAGUUUGAUCUGAUAUACGUUUCUGGACUCUAAUAUGAAGCAUGUGUGUGGACUUAAGCUUGAGCUGAUGCGUAUCGCUGGACUUAAAUUAUGGGAAACUGCACUCUAAAAAAUGCUGGGUUGUUUUAACCCAAUUUU